CGACCUCCAAAUGGUGCAUGCGUCGAUAAUAAUAACGAUCACGCGAGCAAAGCUCGCGCAAAAAUCAUAAAAAUGUUCGAAAAUUUGUUGUACUGCGUCUUUUCUGAACCAGUAGUAUAUAACCUUCCCUUCUGAGGUGUUCUUCUCCUUGAUAGCCUAUCCAUCUUUCGAUCCCAGUUCACAGCCGCAAUCAACGUUUACUCCUCGAGAGUGUAAGAGCUGACCGAAAUGGGAUCAAUAUCUCUGUUGACUGUGGUUGUAUUGGCUAUUGCUGUCAAUUACGCGAAUUCCAUGCGAGGCACUCGCACCCCACAAAUGCGAACCGAUCCAAGACGGCCCAUCCUCAGACGGAUAUUAACGUUCGAUAGUACCAUGCCUGGUAAUCCACCGUCCAGUGACCUGAAUGAAAACAUCCGAAGAGUGUUGUUUGUGAUCGACAGGAACAUGAACCCAAGUCAGCAGUCAUCGGUCGACCCUUGUCGGCAGUACCAGCUCGUCAAGGAGAGGCAACCAAACGAGGCUACAGCGAAUACCCAAACUUCCCGCAGCACACGGCGUAGCCGCAGCAAUAAUAACCCGGACCCUUUGACGCCCAACGCGGAGUUGGCCAUGUCGGGCUGCAGCACGGCCGUCAACGCUUUCCUAGCUCUCCCCCCCGCCUACAGGACCGCUUGUCCCAAAGUCCGAAAUGCCGCCUGCAAAAACAUCGACAGUUAUUUGACAUGCGCUGUACUCAUCCCCACCUAUGCACUCGGGUGCAUAUACACGGGCUUGACGUAUCUUUCUCUGAAGAGGUGCGCGGAUCACGCCAUCCAAGAGCGGGACCGAGCGGCACGAGAAGCGCGGGAGGCUGAAAUGAUCAGGGUUCAACAAAGGCAGUUGAGCGAGCGUGCACGAGCUGUCGCGGCGGCCAACGCAGCAGCGUACCCACCCGCCCCGGUUGCGUCGGCACCGGCGGGGCCUCGAACAAGUGGCCAAGGAGGUGGCCGAAGAGCUAGUCCACCCUCCACUGCUGCAGGGCCGCCUUAUUUCAUCGGGCGAAACAGCCAGGACUUUUCCGGACCCUCUCGUCCGGCGGGAGCCGACCGUAGUAGUUCAUCAGGUUGAGGUUCAGACACAUAUUGGUAAUGUAGCAUCGCGUCCUUGCCCUAGUAGCAGAACCACAGAAAGAAAAGAUAAAUGAAGACUUAUCAUCAAUAACGUGCUGAGUGCCAAAAAAUGGA